AUGAGCAACAUUGGCGUAGCUUAUCGGCAGACAUCAUGGUGUGGAAUAAACUGCAUGGAAAACGAACGAGCGCAUCACCAUCAUGAGAUUCCGAAAGAGACGAAAACCGACCAAGUCGAUGAGAUUCUCACACAGGCCAUGAAGCACCUUUCGUUUGAUGAGUUACAACGCGAACAAGAAGAGCUUCAUGGGAUAACAGUAGUAAACGCUACUAAAGAGGAUGGGGAUAUUGAAGGAAUGCUGAUGGCCUUGGAAGGUCACCUGAAUCUUCUCAAGCCAGGAACCAAGUUCGAAUCUGCUGAAUUGAUUAACUCGUCUUACGUUUCAAGAAGGGAAUUUCUUGUGAUGUUUCUUAGUGGCAACCGAUAUGAUCCAAAAGCUGCGGCAGAACAACUGAUACGGCACUUUGACUUGAAAUUUCAUUUGUUUGGACAGAGCAAACUUACCAAAGAUAUUACCUUGGCCGAUUUAGAUGCUGACGACAUUAGCAGUCUCUUAUCUGGCAGCAUGCAGUUCUUAAAAAGAAACGAUCGUUCGAACCGCACGAUUGUUUUGGAACUCCCUGGACUACGCUUUUAUAAAGAUCUUCGAAAUGAGCUGAGGGCUAGAUUCUACUUGUUUAUGGAUAUGAUGCAGUCAAUUGAAGAUCCGAGUAGAGGUGUUUGCUUCAUCAGCUACUGUGUUGAUGAGUUCCAGGACAUCUACAAUGGUGCUGGAUUUGUGGAGAAUAUGCGCCUAGCGCUAGCCAUCCCCACGAACAUUGGCGGGAUGCACCUGUGCAUCAGCGAUCCAAGAGAGUCCAUCAUCGCAAAAGCCGCAAUGACAUUAAUGCCUGCUCGUCUGAGAGCAAAAACCAAAGUGCAUCUUGGUAGCCAUCAAGAAUGCCAAUACAUGCUGUCCACCUUUGGCAUCAGUCGAAAGGCACUCCCUUUUUUCGACGAUACGAAUGAUAUCUGUCUGAAUGACCACAAGACUUGGUACCAUCAACGAUUGUCUGCCGAAAACAUCUCGGCAAACCCUACUUUCAAUACGUUGCAACCCACCAAUUGUGAUGUUGUCUUCAAUGGGAGAACGACCAAUGGCAACGGAAAUGAACGACUCCGGAACCUAACCAUUCAGUAUGCACCAUCAUACGACUCGUCGAACGUUGAGGACAAGAGAAGAAUUGUAAGCACCAUGAUGGGAAAUAUUCAGAGCAACGGGGGAAGAUUUUUGAAAUGGAGUAGUACCACGGAAGAAUGGAAGGAAGUGCCGCAUUUGGAAGUCCGAGAAAAAGUUUGCCAAAUGUUUCGUAAUCUGAGACGGCGUGCAGCUCAACAGCAAAGACCGGAAUUACCGUUGCAAGUUGUGAAAGACGUUUCUGAGAACGAUGUCUUGUUUGGAAGGCGAAAAGAGCAUCCAGGUAACUUAAGGCUACGACUACUGAUAGAAAGUCUCGCUGCAGAAUAUGAUGCUGCUUCAAGGGGAAGGAAGAAGCAAUUGACGACGUUGGUGAUCCAAGAAAUAGAACAGAAUGGCGGUAGAUUUCUUGAAAAGGUCAAGAGCGAAUCCUGGGUAGAACUCUCUCGACAAGCAUUGGGAGACAAAUUGUCAUCUCAAUUCCGGAACUACAGAAGGCGGCAGAAAGAGAAAGGCUUGGCCAAAUGA